GACGAGGUAGUCCGCAUCGCCAAGAAGAUAGACAAGAUGGUGCAGAAGAAGAACGCGGCUAGAGCAUUGGAUUUGUUGAAGGAGCUUAAGAAUAUUCCCAUGACCCUGGAAUUGUUACAGUCCACAAGAAUUGGAAUGUCAGUUAACGCUAUUCGCAAGCAAAGUACAGAUGAAGAAGUUACAUCUUUAGCAAAGUCGUUCAUCAAAUCCUGGAAAAAGCUAUUAGAUGGACCAUCAACAGAAAAAGACCCCGAAGAAAAGAAAAAAGAACCUGCAAUUACAUCACAGAAUAGCCCUGAGGCAAGAGAGGAAAGCUCCAGUGGCAACGUGAGCAACAGAAAGGAUGAGACAAAUGCUCGAGAUACUUAUGCUUCAUCUUUUCCUCGGGCACCAAGCGCUUCUGAUUCUGUGCGGUUAAAGUGUAGGGGGAUGCUGGCUGCUGCUCUCCGAACAGGAGAUGACUACGUUGCCAUUGGAGCUGCUGAGGAAGAAUUGGGAUCUCAAAUUGAGGAAGCUAUAUACCAAGAAAUAAGGAAUACAGACAUGAAAUACAAAAAUAGAGUACGAAGUAGGAUAUCAAAUCUUAAAGAUGCAAAAAAUCCAAAUUUAAGGAAAAAUGUAUUGUGUGGGAAUAUUCCUCCUGAUUUAUUUGCUAGAAUGACGGCAGAGGAAAUGGCUAGUGAUGAGCUCAAAGAAAUGCGGAAAAACUUGACCAAAGAAGCCAUCAGAGAACAUCAGAUGGCCAAGACAGGUGGAAGGCAGACUGACUUGUUCACAUGUGGCAAAUGUAAAAAGAAGAAUUGCACCUACACUCAGGUGCAAACCCGUAGUGCUGAUGAACCGAUGACCACAUUUGCUGUUUGCAAUGAAUGUGGAAAUCGAUGGAAGUUUGUUGAGUUGAAAGAAUUGGCAAAAUAUCUGUACCAUUAA